AUGGCAGCUUUAUUAGCUAAAAAGGAAGAAGAGUGGAAUCAACAAAAGCUUAAAGAACUCUUACGUCUUCCAGAGAACAAGAAGUGUUUUGAUUGUCCAACCAAGAGUCCCUUUUUUGUCAAUGUGAGCAUACAAACCUUUGUCUGUACUCGUUGCUCUGGCCUUGUCCGUGAAGUAGGUCAUCGAGUCAAGUCGAUAUCAGCAAGUAAAUUUUCAGGUCCUGAAAUAGUCGCACUUGAGUACGGUGGCAAUCAAGUAGCUCGUACUAUCUGGCUCAGUACCUACAAUAACAAUCUUCCUGAACCAGAGACUGAUGGUGAUGUUCGAUUGUUUAUGAGACAAAAGUACUAUGAACAAAAAUGGUUGGAUCGUCAAAAGGGUAUAGACCAUGCAGAGAAAGUGAAAUGUAUUAUUACAGACAUGUUUAAAGAAGAUGGGACACGUAAGCAGUCCAAAAGACAGAGUUUAGAUACAACAAGACCUAAGAUUGUGCCUACGCAGUCUUGGGUAGAUGAUAACAUACCUAUUGGAUUGAUAUCGACUGUAAAGAAUAAUGUGAAUGCCAUGAAUGAUUUGUUAUUGAAUCAAGAUAUGAUGUUGUCGCCUAAAUCACCUACAUUUGCUCAGAAUAAGGCGCCUGUUAAGAACGACAUCUUUUCUGAAUUGACAGCUUUAAAUCAAUCUACACCUACUCAUUCUGGUAGUAUUCUACAGCCUAAUUCACCUACACAGGCUUAUGCAGGUGGUAUUCUACAGCCUAAUUCACCUACACAGGCUUAUGCAGGUGGUAUUCUACAGCCUAAUUCACCUACACAGGCUUAUGCAGGUGGUAUUCUACAGCCCAAUUCGCCUACACAACCCAAGCCAACAAAGAAUACAUCCAUAGACAUUGAUCCUUACGAAGCAUUGCGUGAUUUAUCGAUGGGACCUUCUAAAAAAGACCCAGCAAACAAUGUGUUUAGUGAUUUAGACCCAUUAUUUAACAAAUAA